AUGAUGGAAGCAGAAGAACACCAGCAACCAUGGAAGACAGCUUUUUAUUCAGAAUUACCUAAAGUGGAACUUCAUGCCCACUUGAAUGGAUCCAUUAGUUCUAAUACCAUGAAGAAAUUGAUAGCCAAGAAGCCAGAUCUUAAAAUCCACGAUCAGAUGACUAUGAUUGACAAGGGAAAGAAAAGAACUUUAGAAGAAUGUUUCCAGAUGUUUCAAAUUAUUCACCAGCUUACUACUAGCCCUGAAGAUAUUCUAAUGGUCACAAAAGAUGUCAUUAAAGAAUUUGCAAAUGAUGGUGUCAAGUACCUGGAACUAAGGAGCACACCCAGAAGAGAAGAUGCUACAGGAAUGACUAAAAAGACUUAUGUGGAAUCUGUACUUGAGGGUAUUAAACAGUCCAAACAAGAAAACAUAGACAUUGAUGUUAGGUAUUUGAUAGCAAUCGACAGAAGAGGUGGCCCUUCAGUGGCCAAGGAGACUGUUAAACUUGCUGAAGAAUUCUGGCUCUCUAAUGAGGAUACAGUUCUUGGCCUUGACCUCAGUGGAGACCCUACUGUAGGACAAGCAAAAGACUUCUUGGAACCUCUUUUAGAAGCUAAAAAAGCAGGUCUGAAGUUGGCAUUGCAUCUUUCAGAGAUUCCAAACCAAAAAAAAGAAACACAAUUACUUCUGGAUCUACUUCCUGACAGAAUUGGGCAUGGGACAUUUCUCAACUCCUCUGAGGGAGGAUCGCUGGAACUGGUAGAUUUUGUGAGGCAACACCAGAUACCACUGGAACUCUGUUUGACCUCAAACAUCAAAAGUCAGACGGUUCCGUCUUAUGACCAGCAUCAUUUUGGAUUCUGGUACAGCAUUGCCCAUCCUUCUGUGAUCUGUACCGAUGAUAAGGGUGUUUUUGCAACACACCUUUCUCAAGAGUACCAGCUGGCUGCUGAAACAUUUAAUUUGACCCAGUCUCAAGUGUGGGAUCUGUCUUAUGAAUCCAUCAACUACAUCUUUGCUUCUGACAGCACCAGGUCUGAACUGAGGAGGAAGUGGAAUCAUCUGAAACCCAGAGUGUUACAUUUUUAA